GUGUUUUCUUUUCUCAUAUACAUAUAUAAAAGAAUUUGACAAACAAAAGAUAACAUCUGUGUUAUAUAUAUAUAUCAUUUUUAAUAAUCCGGGAACCCUUGAAAAGUAAUGAACUCUACAGGAAAUAGCUGAUCGUUACACACUGAUGAGGAUUGGAGGCAGACUGGAGUCAGCAAACCUCAGCAACAUCGAGAAACACCCAGUCAUUCUGCCAGGCAAACAUCAUGUUUCUUCCCUGUUGAUAAGAUAUUAUCAUGAGCAGGUGCAGCACCAAGGCCGAACCUUCACCGAAGGAGCUAUACGAAUGGCAGGCAUCUGGCUGAUAGGUGGCAAGAGAUGCAUCAGCAACAUUCUGCAUGACUGUGUUACCUGCAGAAAGCUCAGAAGAAGAACAGAAAUUCAGAAGAUGUCUGAUUUGCCAUCAGAACGGCUAAGUGAGUCGCCACCAUUCACUUACACCGGUUUGGAUGUUUUUGGCCCCUGGCUUAUAACAGCCAGGAGAACCAGAGGAGGUCUCGCCCAUUCUAAGCGCUGGGCAGUUCUUUUCACAUGUUUGAGUACACGCGCUGUCCAUAUUGAGGUGAUUGAAUCCAUGGAUACAUCUUCAUUCAUCAACUCGCUGAGAAGAUUCUUUGCCAUCCGGGGACCUUCCAAACAGCUGCAUUCAGACUGCGGGACAAACUUCGUUGGUGCCUGCAAGGAGUUGGAAUUCCACAAGGUGCAGAAGGAGUCAAAGGUGCAGAUGUAUACCAACAGUCGAGGUUGCACAUGGCACUUUAAUCCGCCUCAUUCUUCCCACAUGGGUGGUGCAUGGGAACGCAUGAUUGGCGUGGCAAGAAGAAUAUUGGAUGCCAUGCUGACACACAUCCACUCCAGCUUGACUCAUGAAGUUUUGUGCACUCUCAUGGCCGAAGUGACAGCCAUCAUCAACUCUCGUCCGCUUGUUCCAGUUUCUUCAGAUCCGGAGGCUCCUGAGUUGCUUACACCUGCAAUGCUUCUCACUCAGAAGCAAAGUGCACCACCUCCUCCAGGAAAUUUCACAGAGAAGGACUUGUACAAGCGACAGUGGCGUCAAGUGCAAUGUCUGGCGGACCAGUUUUGGAGACGAUGGAAGCGAGAAUACCUGCAGACACUGCAAGUGCGGCGCAAAUGGCAGAACUCAACUCCAAAUGUUGAAGAAGGAGACAUCAUUCUGCUAAAGGAUGCAGGAACGUGCCGUAUCAACUGGGGUAUGGCUCUUGUGACUAAGACCUUCCCAGGACAAGAUGGACGUGUCCGCAAGAUCGAACUUAAAGCAAUGAAAGAUGGAACUGCUAAAAUGUUUCUCAGACCUGUAACAGAGAUUGUUUUACUUCUUAAGAAGUGACUGUUGAAUGGACUGUGUUGAUGCAAUGGUUCGUACAUGACAUCUUUACAGAUGCCAGGCGGGGAGUGUCCUGCCCCCAGUUCAUUUGCCUGUGUUCAGUCAGUUUGUCUUCGUUUAAUUUGAAGCUACAUUUUGUUUGAGCCAGAGACCUCAUUGUCUGUAAGUUUUGGUUUAAGUUCAUCAAUAUUAUUCGUAUUAUUGUAUAAUUUGUCCCAGUUGCUUUGUGUUUAUUUAUUAAAUUAGCAGCAGCAUUGGAACUUUGUAAAUAGAACUUUAAACACAUUGUUUUGUUAAAUUCAUCAUGUUUGGACAUUUUAUUUUAUUGAUUAUAGCCUUUUGUAUUUGCAGUUUUACUCUUUGUUGAAUGAAUAAAUGGAGCUUGGAAGCCACUCCCUGACUCGACGUUUUUCAGCAAGAGUUAAGCUUACUGCUAAAUCAUAUUGGAAACAUAUGAGGAGAGCAGGAAAAAUAGAGCUGUAACAAGUAUGCAAACACUCGGAUUCUCUCAAUCUGCUCCUGAAAGUUGGAGUCCGAAAAUUCACGACAUGCAAGAUCGCUGAUUUAUGAUCUUUAUGACUGUAGUAGAGUUUCAUAAACUAUGUAUUGCUCUGGAAUACAGAAUAACGUUGGAUUUUAAAGCCGAAUGUGCUGCGCGACUGUCAUCGGAAUUAAAUGUCACAUUGUGGAUUUUAUUUUUCUUCUAUGUAUUUUACUUGUGUUUUUAAUUCCCUGGCUCUGUUCAAACUCUGACU